AUGCGGCUAUGGUCGCAGAAGUCUUCGAAAGAAGUGAAGAACAAAAAAAAGGGGGAAAGUUUCCUUAAUACGCUACACAGGAAAUGUAUUAGACCAGGAGCUACUCGAAGAUGUAAGAGUGAUACUAUUUCUGAUAAGGCAUCGCAAUCAAGGGAACAUUCACAAUCACUAUCAUCCUCAACACGAGAGUCGUGCUGCCAAAGUUUUGCCGAGAAACCCCAGGCCCAAACACUUCCUCUUCCAGUGGGUCGACUGCCACCCCUUGAACCUGCACUUUCAUCAAAUGACUCACCUGCUUCAGAUGGUUCCAGUGAUAGUGAGGAUUCAUCCAACAUACAUCUCCUGAGCCCUCAAGCAUCUGAUUGUGGGAAUAGGUUUAAAUCUGAUACAGCUAGUCCUUCCAAGUUGAAGCAGAAGGAUCAAUACCCCAUCAAUACCUCUCGUGUUCAACACUUGCAAACUCCUUCACAUAGUGCUUUUGCUAGAGAUGUAGACAGCUCAGUGACAAUUCCUUCCAGAAGUCCAAAUAAGGUAUAUAGGAACGAGCCUGUUAUGACAAAUGGUUUGCAUCCUGGGUGUUCACCUUUACCUAGCCCAAGAAUGACACUUCCUGGUCCUAGCUCCAAAAUACACAAUGAUGCAAUCACCCCUCCGUAUCCUCGUACUGGAGAGCCAUUUACAGAAUUGCCUAUGGUCCUUGAUGAUGGAAAGCAACAGUUUCACCGAUUGCCUCUUCCUCCAGAAACAAUCUCUAACCUUUCUCCUUCUCUGCUAUCGCAUUCACCAGGAAUAUCCCCGAGAAUACCUCGUAGUCCAAGCAGGACAGAAAUUACUCCAAACCUUGUUUCCCGCUGGAAGAAAGGACGUCUCCUUGGUAGAGGCACAUAUGGACAGGUUUAUUUGGGUUUUGAUUGUGAAAGCGGUGAGAUGUGUGCAAUGAAGGAGGUAAUAUUACUUUCGGAUGAUGCGAAGUCAAGGGAAAGUGCAAAGCAGCUUGGACAAGAAAUUGCACUACUAAGUCGCUUGCGUCAUCCAAAUAUCGUUCAGUAUUAUGGAUCAGAGAUCGUAGAUGACAAGCUAUAUAUAUACCUUGAGUAUGUAUCUGGUGGUUCCAUUUACAAAAUCCUCCAAGAGUACGGCCACUUAGGUGAAGCAGCAAUUCGAAGUUACGCUAAACAAAUAUUAUCUGGGCUGGUUUAUUUGCAUGCCAAAAACACAGUUCAUAGGGACAUCAAAGGAGCAAAUAUUCUGGUUGAGCCCAAUGGCCGGGUUAAAUUGGCAGAUUUUGGGAUGGCAAAACAUAUCACUGGGCCAUCUUGCCCAUUGUCUUUUAAGGGAAGCCCUCACUGGAUGGCACCAGAGGUCAUAAAGAAUUCAAAAGGUUGUAACCUUGCAGUAGAUAUAUGGAGCCUAGGUUGCACGGUUUUGGAGAUGGCCACCACAAAACCACCUUGGAGUCAGUAUGAAGGGGUUGCUGCUAUGUUCAAGGUCGGGAACAGCAAGGAACUGCCUCAUAUCCCAGAUUACCUCUCAAAUGAGGGCAAUCAUUUCGUGAGGCAAUGUUUGCAGCGCGAUCCCACACACCGUCCUACAGCUGCUCAGCUCUUGGAACAUCCUUUCAUUAGAAAUACACCUUCAUGGGGAAGAUCCAGUUUGAGAUCUGAAUCUAUGAAAUCCAUACCUGCAGUUCCACAUACCAUAAAAUCUCUGGGCUUUGGACCUCCCAGAAAUCCACCAUGCUUGGGCUCAUCAGAAGGGGCUGUCUAUCAGACUAGAAGUCCAGAUCAUUUUCCUGGAUUUAGAACUGAUGCCUAUGUUCCAAGUAACAUUUCUUGCCCAAAUUCUCCCAUAAGGAGUCAUCUUUUGCAUUCACGGUCACAACAGCAUACACACGAAAGAAUGUCCCCUUCUUCCAUACAAAGACCUAAAGCUGCAUCCAGUUCUUCCACUCCUCGUAGUGGUGGCAACGACACUUUUCCAUUUCUUCACUCAGAGCAGCCAACACAUUAUUUGCAUGAACCGAUGAGGGUGAUAGUAGGCCUCCAAAAACCCAACAUAUUUCAAGGACUUGUUCAAGCCCAUCUGUCACCUGAAGGAGCUUCAUCUGAAAAUGGCUUUCUUGGAGUUGAAAGGUCAGGUGGCAUAGGUGACCAAAAAGAACAAUCAUAUGAUGCAAAUUUUUUGUUGGCGGAUAGAGUGUCACGGCAACUGUUGAUGAAUCCUUUGAGAUUGAACCCGAUUAAGGACCUGAAUCCAAACUCCCCUGUGCCUGGUCACAACAACGGAGUUUGA